CGACCUGUUUCACAUCGGUGAAAAACUCGCUCUUAAGUGGCAAUUAGCAAGCGCACCCACAACAACAAAAGCAGAGAGCGAAGGUGUGAAGAGUGACUCUCAGCUCAAGAAGACUCGACGUCAGGAAACCCAAGUGCAAUAGUGACCGAGGAUUAGCGAGCCAAUUAGCUACUGAUACGGAUUCGGUAGCAGAGAAGGCGUUCGAGGAUUAGCCGGGUUCGAGUGCAAUUUCUAGAGGUCCUUGAUAGUGGAAAAGAAAGUGCGAAGAACUGCCGGAAGAGCGCCACUUCAGCAAACGUCAAGCUGUACAUGCGGUUGGCUUCGUGAGUGCUUCCCGAGAGCGCGCGGGCGCUUCAGAACCGGUCCAAAAUUUACAACAUCGCACGGCUUGCCGAUCUCGACGAGCAUCCGGCCGGCAGAGGCCAACCGAUGGGCAUCUCGGACGAGAGCAAGCUGGAGGACAUGCCGCACGAGGCGCGGCCACCCCAGGGUAGUCCGCUGGAGCGUUCCGGUUCGGAUGGCCACCAUCUGGGCCACCACCACCUGUCGCAGCACCACCCGCAUCACGGAGGGCAUCAUCAGCAGCAGAGUCACAGUCACGGCAUGAUGUCCAGUCCGGGGGGGAGUGGGGGCGGGGGUUCGAGUGGCCCCGGCGGAGAUCCAAACAGCCCGAUGUCGGACCAGCACAGCGAUGACGGCGGGGUGGACGAGUUUCAACCAAAGAGAAAGCAGCGCCGCUACCGGACGACCUUCACGAGCUUCCAGCUGGAGGAGCUGGAGAAGGCCUUCUCCAGGACGCACUACCCGGACGUGUUCACGAGGGAAGAAUUGGCAAUGAAAAUUGGACUGACGGAAGCACGGAUACAGGUCUGGUUCCAGAACCGUCGGGCCAAGUGGCGCAAGCAGGAGAAGGUGGGUCCGCAGGGCCAUCCGUACAAUCCGUACCUGACCGCCGGCGGGCAAGUUCCGUCGGCAACGGUCGUCGCACCGUCGCUACCUCCGAAUCCGUUCACCCAUUUGGGCUUCAACCUGAGGAAACCGUUCGACGCGGCCAGUUUGGCUGCGUUCCGCUACCCGACGCUAGGUGGCGGGCACGUGCUUCCGUCGGCCUACUUCAACCAGUUCCACAGGUUGGUGACUCCUCCACCGCCGCUGCUUCCGCCGGGCAUCGGUGCCAUGUACACCCCGUCGGCAUCCUUCCAGACGUUGCUGGCGAACAUUUCCGCGGCCCAGCGAGCCCCACCGGUGAUGCCCUCGAAGCCAUCCCCGCCCGGUGGCAGCGUAGUGACCAGCUCGGACUACCUGUCCCCGGUGGGGGGACCUCCUCCUCCGGCCAGUUUACCGACGCCGGCCUCGCCACCGGUUUCGCCCACCUCAGUGCCAGUAGUUCCUGCCGGAGUUCCGGCGCCCGGUUCGACGACGCCUCCCCAGGACCGGCGCAGCUCUUCGAUCGCGGCCCUCCGGCUAAAGGCCCGCGAACACGAGCUGCGGCUCGAGAUGCUCCGCCAGAACGGCCACAGUGAUAUCAUUAGCUAAGACGCUCCCGAUUCCUUACAGUGUGUUCUUUGAUAUAGCAACAUAACCUAAAAAAGAGGUUAUGCGAACGCAUGCAUUCCUUUCCGUACUAUAAACGCACUAACCUACAACAAACAAUAGUCAUAACCUUAAAACAGCAGUAACCUAACCUACUUUACUCAACUAUUCAUCCAUACCGCAAUCCGCAUUUAGUCAGAGCAAAUCCAACCCUGUGUUUGACGUUUAUGACCUUGAUCUGGUCAACAUUUACAACCCUCGAGGUGGGCAACUGUCAAACGCAGGGUUGCACCAAUAAACACCAACACAAGCAAAACAAACAGCGCUACAACAAGCUAAUCAACCGGCCAGUGUUGCCAAGGUCAUUGCAAUCUUCGAACUAAGCGUGCGUGUGCGUUGCAAACGCCCAAAGAAUCGCUCCCAGUCUUCGUUGGUCGUACUCGUUUCGUCUGUUUAAUUAAUCGAGUCCUCAUCACGUGAGCAACAACAACAACAAACAGCAGCCGGAGGGAAUCACGGUAGCGGUCGUCAUUGACAACCCGUAAAUUUAACCUGAUUUCUACUCGGGCUGCCUCGAUCACCGUGUGUGUGUUUGUGCGCUUCAUCACCAUUUGUCAUUGACAGUUUCGCAGCAACGUUCAGAAAUAUGAAAUCUCUGCGAAGGCAGCUCAGAAAGAAAAAAAGAUUGAAUGAAAUGAGAAACGCUACCAUGUCACGCAAAGUAGUGCAGACAGACGGACACGGUCAGGGACGGGAUUUGGGACCCCUUGGCCAUGUUGACGGAGUCUGUUUGUAGGAUUUGACGAAGAGAGAAAGAGUGAGAGAGAGUCAGUAAACAGUUGAUCCUGCCGCGGGGGUGAGCGGAGCAGAGAGCAAAAGAGUGGAUUUGAUUUGAA